UCAAAACAAAAUAUUUCAAAAGUAAACAUUUAUUUUCCUUAUUAAUUGAAUUGAAGAUCAUUAAAAUUUUUAUCUAAAAUGUCAUCCUGUCUAAUAUUGACCCUUGAGGAAAUGCUUAAAAUAGCUUUAGGCUCAACUCCUUAUGGUCACAUUCAACUUGCAGUUCUUCAUAGUUUUUUAAAGAUAAUCAUAGAAAAAUUGAAAAUCGGAACAGAAUUUGUUGAAAUUUCAGGACCUGAAAUCAAAAUUAUACGAGAUAUGUUAUGUCGAGCUGAAGAUCCUCAAAUUAAUUUUGAAGCCUGUGCAGAUGAAAAGACCGAGAGUGAUUUGAAUAUUUUGAAAAUGGAAGAAGAAAUCAACAAAUUAUCAGAACGGAUCAAUAAAACAGAAUCUGAUUUGAAUCAACAUUUAGAAGCUAUGGAACAGUGUAAGAAGCCUCCAGUUGCCAAACCUCUGCAUUUCAGAAGGUCACAAGGCAGACCUUUUGGGGAUGAGGACUCAUCAUUCAGUUCAGAUUGUGAAGAUCUUUGUGUGCCGUGUGAUGAGAACAAUCUCAUUGCCUGUAAUCUUCUUCAAAAUCAGGCUUUCCUCAAAAAACUCAUGCGUCGUGUCACUUCUCCAGUUAUAGACCGAAUUUUUGAAUUCGAGAAAAUGAUCUCUAUUCUUAACGAGAAGUUUCAGAACUUCCUGAACACAGCCCAAGAUGAGUAUCAAAAGAUUCCUCUAAUAGAAAACUGCUUUUCCGAAAUCAGGGCUGUCAAAAAUCAGCUGGACAAACAUCAAAAUGAAUUCAUUGAGACAAUGGAAGAAAUUCAGGAAAUGAUGGAUGCUAAAUUGGACAAACUUCAUAUGCCCGCUCUGAAAAAGUACAUAAUCGAUCGAAUGUCGGAGAUUAAUAAGAAACUCGAAACAGUAAUUAAAAACGAACAAUGUCCCAAAGCUGCGGGAGUUAUUCUGACUCACUUGCAAUGCCUCUGCUGUACCACUCAAGUUUGUCAAAAGGACAAAGAUUUUACAGUUCCCCUUUUGGCUGGUUUUAAAGGUUCCAAGGCAAGGCCAGCGCCAACCAAUGAUCUAGAACAUCCCCAUUUUUGUAUACCUGAAGACAGACCUAGGGCUUGUGGUGGGGAGCACACUGUCAUACGCCCUGAAGAGAAAACUCUACAUAAAUCAAAUCUCUUGGAUGAUUUCGGCGAUCAACUAAACUUGCCUUAUUAUUCAAACAAGAAAUUGAAACUCUUCAAGGGAUUUCAUGGUAAAAUGUAUCGUGAAGGUUGAUGUUUUGUUUGAUGUUUCAAAUUAAUAAAUACAAAAAAAAA